AUGCGCUACCGCUGUCGCCGCGGCCGCCGGGAGAGCGAGUCCACAGGACGGGGCGCGGCCGGGAGGAGGCGGCGACGUGGACUCAGUUUCCCGUCGCGCCCCUCGGCCGCCCCCCGGCCAUGUAAGCGCUGCUCGGCGAGCGGCCGCCCCGUUUCCUGGUCGGGCUCCGGCGGCCAUUUUGGGCUGAGGCGCAGCGCGGAGGCCGCGGAGCGGUCGCGGGCGGACGGGCCGAGCCGAGCGCCGGGCGAUCGCGGCUCCCUCGGACCAGCGUACCGCGGAGCGCCUGCCUCGGCGGCGGGAGGUGCCGCCGCACCGCCCCCUCACAGCGCGCUCGCCGUCCCUCGGGCCGCGGGCCCCACGGACAUGUCCAGCAUGAACCCCGAAUAUGACUAUUUAUUCAAGCUACUUCUGAUUGGAGACUCCGGUGUUGGGAAAUCUUGCCUUCUACUUAGGUUUGCAGAUGACACGUACACAGAAAGUUACAUCAGCACGAUUGGUGUGGACUUCAAAAUCAGAACUAUAGAACUAGAUGGGAAAACAAUCAAGCUUCAGAUAUGGGACACGGCGGGACAGGAGCGGUUUCGGACUAUCACUUCCAGUUACUAUAGAGGAGCUCAUGGCAUCAUAGUUGUGUAUGAUGUUACAGAUCAGGAGUCUUUCAAUAAUGUCAAGCAGUGGCUGCAGGAGAUAGACCGUUAUGCCAGUGAAAAUGUCAACAAGUUGUUGGUGGGGAACAAGUGUGAUCUGACCACAAAGAAAGUAGUAGAUUAUACAACAGCAAAGGAAUUUGCAGAUUCUCUUGGAAUUCCGUUUUUGGAAACCAGUGCAAAGAAUGCCACAAAUGUAGAACAGUCUUUCAUGACCAUGGCUGCCGAGAUUAAAAAACGAAUGGGUCCGGGAGCGACAGCUGGUGGUGCAGAGAAAUCCAAUGUUAAAAUUCAGAGCACUCCAGUCAAGCAGUCUAGCGGAGGUUGCUGCUAAAACUUGCCUCCCCACUUUUGUCUCACAACAAUGAAUUUGCAAUCUGAACCCAAGUGAAAAAAAAAUAUUGCCUGAAUUGUACUGUAUGUAGCUGCACUACAACAGAUUCUUACCGUCUCCACAAAGGUCAGAGAUUGUAAAUGGUCAAUACUGACUUUUUUUAUUCCCUUGACUCAAGACAGCUAACUUCAUUUUCAGAACUGUUUUAAACCUUUGUGUGCUGGUUUAUAAACGUGUAAUCCUUGUUGCUUUUCCUGAUACCAGACUGUUUCCUGUGGUUGGUUAGGAUGUAUUUUUGUUUUGAUGUUUCUAUUGGCAUGUUUAGAUGUCAGGUUUAGUCUUCUGAAGAUGAAGUUUAGCCAUUUUGUAUCAAACAGCACAACAGUGUCUGUCACUUUCCAUGCAUAAAAUUUAGUAAGAUAUAUGUAAGAUCUGAUUUGCUAGUUCCUUCUUGUAGAAUUAUAAAUGGAGAGAUCACACUAUCUGAUUAAUAGUUUCUUCAUACUCUGCAUAUAAUUUGUGGCUGCAGAAUAUUGUAAUUUGUUGCACAAUAUGUAACAAAACUGAAGAAAUGUUUAAUAAAUAUUGUACUUAUUGGAAGUAAUAUCAAACUGUAUGGUGAUAAAUAUUGUCUUAAUUUGUAUGGCUAAGGGGGAAAUCAGGCUUGCAUUGUGCACAAAACGACAUAUCUGUGUGUGCAGCCAUGGCUUUCAGACCUUCCCUGCAACUUGCCCACUGACUGUGGCCCCAAAGCCUGAGCUGUAAUGGUGCUUAAGGCAUGAGUGCUGUACCAGAAACACCCAGCCAAGGUUCAUGAGGCAUAAUGCACUCUGAAUGUACAACAGUUCCCUAACUUAGUCUUGGAACUUAAUUUAUUUCUCAAGGACUCUACGUAGGGAAUUCCUGUCAGCUUUGCAUAGCAGGGGAGAGAACGGUAUUUCCCUAACAUGAACGAUUUCAGUGAAACCUUGAGGAGGUAUAACUUUCAACCAGUAUAUUAUGUUUUUUCUAUAUACUGUUAACUCCAUCCUCUUUUAAUCAGUAUCUUCUGACUUAGUGCAGCAGCUUAGCUUCUAUUCCCUUCUGCAGCAAGGCACCAGGAGGGUGACAUGGGGAUAGCAAGGCCCCCACCAAACUGUUGCUCAAAGUAGGCGCUUUCUCAAACAAUUUGGAACUAACCAGCAGCCAAGAGGUUUUGGAUGGUGUGUGAUUCUUUGUACAGAGCUAAUCAAAUCAUUAGUGCCUGAUGUCUAGCUAAAAGCCACAGGAAAGCUAGCCUAUAACACUUCCUAUACAUGUAAAAUUGUUCAGCUUUAUCUAAACUCAAAUGUUCAGCCUAUUCUGUAAAUAGUCUCAUGUUUGAAAGACCAUGUAACAUUCCCCUAGUAGUAAAUACACCCUGUGCUAGUAAAGUAAAAAUAUAGCCUAGAUAUGUUGUGAGGUAUAAACUAAAACUGGUGCAAAUAUCCUCUGAUUUUUUUUUGGGGGGGGGUGACUUUGGCUAACAGCUUUCUUCAACAUAGUUGCAUAAAUCAACAGGCAAUUGUAAUACAUAAAGUAUUGUCAUGGUUAAGUUGAACUCUUCCACUUGAGACCUUCACAAUAAAGUGAUGUGCUUUCUAGUAGAGAUGUGCUUGUUGGUAUAAUUCAUUAUAAAUGUGAUCUGCUGCUCCUCAGGAGCAGGAGAGCAGUCAGUGCUGCUGAGAUCAGGAACUGAAGCAGAAGGAGGUGUAUUGAGGGUAAAACAUUUUCCCUGCAGAGAGUGCACAAAUGAACUUCACUGUCAAGAUGCCUGCUACAUACUAUCCAAACCAAUGUUAAUAUAUACAGUAAUAAAAGCAUUGCAAAACCA